AUGCAUUAUCAUCAUGAUUUUGUCGGAAACAAUCAGAUGGAUGGAUCAACUGAGAAAAUGGCAUACAUUACGGUAGAAAUUGAAUUAUUGGAUAUUAAUGACAACUCACCACAGUUUAUUCUCCCUGUUCCUAUGUCAAAAACAACUACACUUUUGUAUAAUCCAAUACCUGUAAUUGAAAUAUCUGUUGAAGAAUCAAUGGAAUUACAUACUUGUAUACAUUUGCCUAAAGCAUUAGAUUUAGAUUCGAGUAUUUAUGAUGUAACUGAGUAUCGAAUAGAAUCUUUAACUCAAUCAGAUAUCUUUCAAUUAAAAAACAAACUUUCCCAUUCAAAUCUUAUUGGGAUAGAUAAAAAUGAACUCCCGUUUUCAUUAGAACACAAGUCGUGCACUGAUCCAUUAGCCCAGAAUUAUAUUGAAGUUGACAUGAAUACUCCCGUGCAACAAACAAAUGAAGGAUUCGAACUAAUUGCAAACAAUGAGCUGUUGAUACCCUCAUUAAAAGUGAUUGGUCAUCUUGAUCGGGAAACAAUCGAGUAUUAUUGGAUAAAGCUGUUGGCAAUCGAUGGAAUUAAAUAUUUGGAGACUGAAGCCUCUGGUUAUCAGGAUGUAAACAAUAAAAAGCCAUCAAAUGAACAUUCUUUUCAAAAUACUAAACAUACUGGCACCAUUUUGAUUCGUAUUCACAUUAUAGAUAUCAAUGAUAACAUUCCUAUAGUACCGAGAUCACUGAAUCUUGACAUUUCAGAGGAUGCCAAGGUAGGCACAUUAUUAGGAAGAAUUAAUGGUACUGAUCCAGAUCUUGGUGACAAUGGUAAAUUACACUAUCACCUUAUGAUGGAUCAGACAGGGAUAUCAAAUUUUCCAUUCGUUAUCGAUUCACAAACAGGGAGUAUAACAGUUAACAGACCACUAGAUGCUGAUAGACUACCUCAAUCGAAUAAGCACUUACGAUUUAAAGUACUGACUAGUGAUUCUGGUAAACCAAUUUCACAUUCCUCUUAUACAGUAGUUGAUGUCCGUAUAAAUGAUGUCAAUGAUGAAACACCACAGAUUAAAGUUAUAGAUUUAGAGAGCCGUAGUAAUCCACCGUAUCCUACAGUGAUGGAGAAUAGACAGCCAGGUCAAUUAGUGGCAUUCGCUACUGCUACCGAUGCAGAUUCUGGUCCUAAUGGUGCACUGUCAUGUCGUAUAAAUAAUCCCAAGUUUAAACUUGAGCAAAUAACUUUAUCAAACUCUGUUCCAGACAUUCACUCAAAUAAUAACUUCAAUUUUUAUAGUUUUGAACCGCUGAGCAGUCAGUCCUUGAAAGGGCCUCUAAAUACAUUAGAUUUUAAAGUAGUCACUUCCACAGAACUUGAUCGUGAGCUGAGUACGAUAGAAAUCGUAGAAAUUGCAUGUACAGACCAACCGUUGAAUAGUGCAACAGUACGUACAGGAAGAAUACAACUUUAUGUAAGAGUAUUAGACGAAAACGACAACCCCCCAACAUUUAAUACACAUAAAUUUCAGUUGGAUAUUUUAGAAAAUACACCACCGGAUGAAAUCAUAUUUAUUUUCAAUGCAACAGAUCCAGAUUAUCAGAAUCAUUUAUCUGGAGGAAAUACAUAUCGAAUAAAUGAACCUAGUUAUCAUUACAUUCAUCAGCAACAACAACGUCAAAAUUUGUUAAGCAUUCAGUCAACGAACAGAAUUAAAUAUGCGAUUGAUUUAAAUGGACAGCAAUAUUUACGUAUUGAUCCAGACACUGGUAUUUUGUAUAGUAAAGUAAAAAUUGACAAGAAAAUUGUUGAUGAAAUCAAAUUCAAUGUGACUGCAAUGGAUAACGGCCAUCCACCCAGAAAUGUUACGGCUGAAGUAUUUAUCAAUAUUAUAGAUCAAAAUGAUCAUGCACCGAAAUUUGAAAACCAAAUAUUCUAUUAUAAUUUAUCGGAAGAUUUGCCAGUGAAUUCAAUCGCAGCUAUACUAAUUGCACACGACGAUGACUUUGGACCAAAUGCGGAAAUCACAUAUAAAUUAGAUGACUUACAAGGGAAUGCAAUAAAAACAUUUCGACUUGAUAGAAAUAAUGGAACUUUAUGGUUACGUACCCCAUUGGAUCGGGAAAAAUUAGAUAGUUAUACUUUUAAGGUCUUGGCAUAUGAUCAUGGAACACCAAAACAAAGUUCUUCAUGUCAAGUACACAUCAAAGUUCAAGACGUCAAUGAUAAUGCUCCGAAAUUUGUCUAUCCUACUCAUAGUAAUCAUACAGUUUAUGCUUCAGUAUUUACUAACCCAGGAAUUCCUCUAGUUAAAUUAACAGCAACAGAUUCAGAUGAAGGUGUAAAUUCACAGUUAACCUUUCAUCUUCUUGAUGAAUCAAAGGAAAAAGAUAUUUUUACAGUGGAUCCACAUACUGGAGAACUAAGUCUGUUACCAACAGUGGAUCCAUUCAUUAUUGGAGGUCGCUAUCAACUGAAGUUUGAGGUACGUGAUAGUGGUACACCGAGUCUCUCAGGAUAUGCAAACAUAAAUAUCAUAUUAGAUAGUAACUCACCUCAGUUAUUACCAUUCAACAAUGGCAAAUACCAACUUACAAAUAUGGAAUCGUUAAAUUCAAGAAAUAGUUACCGCUCACCGAUUUUGAAAAAUGAUAAUGAAGUAAUUCAUUCAGGAAACAAAGAAUUCGAUGGAAUCGAGUCACGAUAUGACAUCAGAGAAUCACAUAUUUAUGAACCAACUUAUGCUCAGACUAUCCUGCCUAUUUCAUCUAAUUCAAAUGAGAAAUAUCGUCGAAAAGAGAGAGUUUCUACAAUGACAAAUCAAAAACCCUCGACGCCAUUCAGUUUAGAAAAAAUUUGGAUUUCUGUUAUAUGCCUCAUUGCUAUUUCAACAUUAGUUGCAUUUGCUUUCCUUGUCGCCAUUACAUUAGCUCGUCAAAAAGUAGCAACCUAUGAGCUGCAACGGGGUCCAAAUCAUUUAACUGAAAAUUUCAAUUUGUGCCAAACAGAACAAUGUGGUAGUCAAUUUUCUGUAAAUUCACAUCGCUUCAGCAACAUCGAUAACACUUAUUCACCCACGAAAUUUCAAACAUUGGAAAAACAAGAUCAUAAAAUUCACAACAACAGCUGCAGUAAUCAUGAUGCCAAUCUUUAUUCACCAUUUGUCAAGUAUGAUACGAAUACUAAUUCAACCGCAGGAUCUGUGCAUCAACUAGGAUUUUGUACAAAAGAAAUGACCUCAAUAAAUACGGAUAUACAGCACUCAAAACCUAUAUACAAUUACAAUAUUCCAAUAACUGCUAGUUCACUACAAUUUCCAAGAAAAUUUCAAGCAAUACACAAUAAUAAUAAAACUGAAAAUCUUUCUUCAGACAAAUGCAUAUCAUUAGUGCAUGUUCAACAUUCAGCACCGGCUAGUCCAAAUGAUUACUUCAGUCAAAGAUAUAAAACAAUUGAUCCAUAUCAAAUGAAUAGAAAUAUGUUCAAUCAAAAGUACGAAAUUCUUCAACCACAAGAAUGUACAAUUGAUGAGUAUAAUAAUAAGAUAUCUAUUAGUCCAAAUUUUGCAAAUGGUUUAAUGAAACUUAAUAAUAUGGAAUUAUCAAAUUCAAAUGCGACAAAAAAUUUCGGUCUAGAUAAUAAAUCAUUGUUAUAUCUCACACCAAAAGGUAUACUGAAAGGAUGUAUUACAGAAUUAAAUGAAAAUUCACACAGAACUAAUGACAAUAAUAAGAAUAAUGAAGAAUCCAAUGAUGUUGAAGUUGAUAUUGAGAAGAAUACCAAUGGUAUCAAUAAUCAUUCAUUAUAUUGUUGUAAUUUAGAUAAACAACAACAAACCAUUCAAAUAAAUGAUUAUAUACAUAAACAAAAUGAUACUACUCAUAAUAUUGAUAUCAAUGAACAGUUAACAAUAAAAUUAAAUAAAUCUAUCCCAGAUUCAAUUAAUAAUAGAUCAAAUCAAUUAUCGGAAAUUUUUCAAAUCAAAAUGAUGAACAUAAUCAACAAUUACCAUUAA